GAGCGAGCGAGCGAGCGAGACGGCGAGGGAGCGAGCGAGCGAGGCAGCGAGCGUGAGCGGCCGCGGAGACUCCGGACCCGGCUGGCCGCGCGGCGCCGCAGCCGCCCCCUCCCCCACCCACCCCUCCCGGCGGCGGCGCGAGCGGGCGGCGGCCGUGCGGUGCGGUGCAGAGCGGAGGCGCAGGCGGGCGCGCGGGCAGCUCGCGGGCACCCGGCCGGGCGGCGCGGGCGCGGGAAAGGGUGCGCUAUGCCUUUAACGCCCGCGUGCCGGAGACAUGUAUAGUGGAGUGUAGGGAAACUCUAGGCGGGGUUAAAGUUCAGCGCGUGGAGCGGCAGUAGCGCUGGCUGGCUGCAGUUGAGCCGAGUUGGAAAUGUGAACGCAAGAAGCAGGCUUGAUUUUUUUUUUUCUCCCCCUUCUCUCUCUCUCUCCCUUUCUCCCUCUUUCUCCUCUCUCACCCACACUCACGCACACCUCCAAACCGCACACCCAGACGCACACGCACACCCCGGCGCCCGGCAGUUAUGUAUUCUCCGCUCUGUCUCACCCAGGAUGAAUUUCAUCCUUUCAUCGAAGCACUUCUGCCCCACGUCCGAGCCUUCGCCUACACAUGGUUCAACCUGCAGGCCCGAAAACGAAAAUACUUCAAAAAACACGAAAAACGUAUGUCGAAAGAAGAAGAGAGAGCCGUGAAGGAUGAAUUGCUAAGUGAAAAACCGGAGGUCAAGCAGAAGUGGGCAUCUCGACUUCUGGCAAAGUUACGCAAAGACAUCCGCCCGGAGUACCGAGAGGAUUUUGUUCUUACAGUUACAGGGAAGAAACCUCCAUGCUGUGUUCUUUCCAACCCAGACCAGAAAGGCAAGAUGCGAAGAAUUGACUGCCUCCGCCAGGCAGAUAAAGUCUGGAGGUUGGACCUUGUCAUGGUGAUUUUGUUUAAAGGUAUUCCGCUGGAAAGUACUGAUGGUGAGCGCCUUGUAAAGUCCCCACAGUGCUCUAAUCCAGGGCUCUGUGUCCAGCCCCAUCACAUAGGGGUUUCUGUUAAGGAACUCGAUUUAUAUUUGGCAUACUUUGUGCAUGCAGCAGAUUCAAGUCAAUCUGAAAGUCCCAGCCAGCCAAGUGACGCUGACAUUAAGGACCAGCCAGAAAAUGGACAUUUGGGCUUCCAGGACAGUUUUGUCACGUCAGGUGUUUUCAGUGUGACCGAGCUAGUAAGAGUGUCACAGACACCCAUAGCUUAUGUGGGGGGCUUUGUCAGAGCUGCCCAGUUAUGUUCCCUCGGCUUGCUUUCAACCAGAGGUGCCGUGUCCGAGGGAGAGGUGGCUUGUAUUACUUUUAAAUAUGCUGCUGUUUGUUAUUUCAGCUCCACGAAGCGCCUCAAGUCUGUGGAGGACGAGAUGGACAGUCCUGGUGAAGAGCCGUUCUAUACUGGCCAGGGGCGCUCCCCAGGAAGCGGCAGCCAGUCGAGCGGAUGGCAUGAAGUGGAGCCAGGGAUGCCAUCUCCAACCACACUGAAGAAGUCUGAGAAGUCUGGUUUCAGCAGCCCCUCCCCGUCGCAGACCUCCUCCCUCGGAACGGCCUUCACACAGCAUCACCGACCUGUCAUCACAGGACCCAGAGCGAGCCCACAUGCAACACCGUCAACUCUUCACUUCCCGACGUCACCCAUCAUCCAGCAGCCUGGGCCUUACUUCUCACACCCGGCCAUCCGCUACCACCCUCAGGAGACGCUGAAAGACUUUGUCCAACUUGUCUGCCCUGACGCUGGCCAGCAGGCUGGACAGGUGGGGUUCCUCAAUCCCAAUGGGAGUAGCCAAGGCAAGGUGCACAACCCCUUCCUCCCCACCCCAAUGUUGCCACCGCCACCGCCACCGCCGAUGGCCAGGCCAGUGCCUCUGCCGGUGCCAGACACGAAGCCUCCCACCACGUCAGCAGAAGGAGGUGCAGCCUCCCCAACCUCACCAAUCCUGGUACCUGGGAUAAAAGUUGCAGUGUCCCACCAUCCACCAGACAGACCACCUGACCCCUUCUCAACUCUGUAACACGGACGCAACCUCCACCCAGCGCAGUUACAACUUCACUGUCAGCGGAAGGGGACAUACACCGAUUCAGAUCAACUUGUACAUGGAAACAGAGAGCAUUAUGGUCAAACAGCAAAGGCCAUAACCUUUUGGGAUUUUUUUUUUUUAAAUACUUUAGGGACUGUUGUAAUUUCUCAUAUGGUGCUGGAAAUGGUCGGGCUUUGUAACAUUUGAAGUGUUUCUGUGGUAGCAUGAGCAUUAGGUGACCUGGCUAGCGGAAGACUACCCUUGCUCACUGACUCCCUGUCGUAACACACUUUCCUUAUGGAGCCCGGCUGUUUCACAGUAUUUCAUGAAUUUACCCACGCAGGUGUGAUCCUCCUUGGCCAUUCAGGGGACACAUGGAGAACUAAAUCUUUUGUAGUAGCUGAGAUCUGCAAUAUAUAACUUACGGGACGGUCAAAGGGCAAUGUUUUUCUGUAACAUAUUGGAAAAAGAAAUGCCGUUUAUGUUCCUUUUUUAUUUUUUCUUUUAGUUUGGUUUGGUUCAGCAGUCAGCAGUUAAGUAUAUAACAUGGCCCGCAAGGACAACGAAUCCACCCACAUUGCAGAACAAUUCCGAAAAUGGCAAACUACUACUACUACUAUUCAGUUUUGUAAAAGUUUUGAAAUGCUGCACUUAACAUUUAAAAAAAAAAAAACAAAACAUUUUUUCAACAAUUUCAACAAUGACACAAAAUUCACAUGGAAAUGGGGAAGAUGGUCUGUUUUGACAGAAACUGACAGGAAUCAAUCAAAACAAUCGAAUUUUGAAUUGAGUAAAGUGCAAUUUCAUUGGAUAGCUAAAUAUCUUUGUAAGAUAGAGAUUGUUGAAAAUUCUAUUUUUGUUUUUCAAGUCCUUUCACCCCAGGACUCUAAAUUAUUGGGGUAAAAAACAGCCUUGCAAGAAAAAGGGGAGCUAUUUUUGCUUUUUAUGUUUUUUAUUAUUAAACUUGUAUCCCUUUGAAAACUGAAGGAAAAUUUAAAAAAAAAAAAACAAAAAAACAAAUCUAAUGGUGCUUUUACCACAAUAUGUUAACUACAUUAAAUGCUAAUUAAUUAUUUUCUGUUAUCAAAGCACAUAACUAAAAUGAAAUCAUGGUAUCUGUUAAUUUUAUAAGCUAGAAGUCACUAUCAUGGAUUAUGCCAAUUCUGAAAAUUUUUACAUGUAUCUGGCAACAUAGGAUUUAUCAGUUAUCAGACACCUCAUUGUACCAGAGAUUGUCCAGAAGUUUUAAAGACCUUUGCGUCCCUGAACUGGGCUACGGGAAAAAACAAAUAAUAACAACAGUAACCAAACCAGCACCGACAUAAAUGCUGGUGCCCAUUCAGAUCAAGGGUACUCGUUAGGGAAAAAAAAAAAAAACAGUUUGCACCCCCAAACAUCCUGUAUCUUAUGUAAAAAAACAACAAAAAACAAAAAAACAACAAAAAACCCCACAGAAACAAAAACAAAAAAAAGUGCAAGUAAUUUUUCUACCAGACAGCGAAGCACCCCUUAGCUUCCCAUGCCACUUCAAGAAGGUUCCCUAAACUAUACAUAUAUAUACGUUCUGGUCGGCAGGCCCUGCUGAUCAGAGAGUCUCUGCAUGUUCUAGUGUUAGUAACUAAUUUUUAUAUAGUUAAUGUAGGAUAAAGUAGAGUGCAUUAAGACACAAUAUUGUAAUCCCUAUUCUAGGCACUUGCCUUUAAACUAUGUUUUUCAGCCCUUCAGAAGGGCUCUACUACUGUCCUGUACAAUCAAGUAACUGAAAUUCUUGGGAAGACACUUUGCUCCCCAUCUUCCCCCCCCACCCCGAAACAAUGUUGUUUUGUUUUGUUUUUUUUCCUUAAUUUGCACGAAAACAAAAAUUCCAUAUCAAUGUGCCUUGCCCUGGAUAGCGAUUAUUUGUGGAAUUGUUGCACAUGAUGCUCCUCUAUUGAAAGGGGUUUUCCCUCAUCAAGCAUUUGGAGACACUUUUUGUAAAUGUGACUUUUAUGUCAGCCAUCGUCAGUUUCAACACCUAGAACUCAGUAGGAAGUUAGCUGUUCCGCAGAUAGGAGUAGUCUUUAUUGUCCUGUACGGUCGGUGGCAGUGCUAUUCUGAGAUCGGUAGAUGCUUAGAAUAUCAGUAUUUUGGAUGUUGCUGCAUUUUACAAUUUAUUUGGAGUCUUCCUUUAUUUCCCCCCACUCCCCAGAUAUAUGAAAAUAUGCAAUACCUGCUUAUAUCAUGUAGAAAAGCUUAGCAAUUAUUAAUUUUUCUUUUCCUUUUUUUUUAUUUGACCAAAGUCGGUGCUGCACUCGACGCAGUCGUCGUAGGUGUCUGUCUUUGUACUUUUGUGAUUUUUGAGUGCACGCGUGCAGGAAGGGCUCCUCUUAGAGAAGCAGUCAAACUGUGAAGCACUAAGCUGACCCUGCUUCAAGCAAUUUUGUUUUUACAACUGUUCCUUUCACAAGCAAGCCUUAAAAAAAAAAAAAAAAAAGACAACUUCCUUUUUCUUCAGCUCCCACACCCCAUUUUUCUUAGCAGGCCGCAGUCAAUCCACAUUCAAUAAGAAGUAUAUAAUGCCCAUUUUUAUAUGCACGUUUUUAAACUUCCAAGUUCUGAAAAUUGUUUACUGGUUAUCUCUAUUUAAGGAAAAAAAAAUAAAAUAAAACAUUUUGGAUUUUCAUACGUGUCUGAUAAGUGGUUGAAUAGUCGUUUGGCUCUGUCCCACGGUGUGACUGUCAGUGUAUGGUGUCACUUCUCUAGCCAGCCAGCAUACUUUGCCUUCCCCUAUAGCACUUAGCUGGGCAUUACUUUAUUAUGACAUAUGUGCACUAAAAAAAAAAAAAAAAAGGAAAAAAAAAAAAAAAAAAAAGAAAAAAUAGCAGCUUUCAGUGCUUCACAGUGAAGGGAAAAAAGCCUAGACAAACAUUUUGUCAGAACCUUGGAAUAAGCCAAGGUAUUACCAGUAAAUUGGUUGUAUAUACAAUAAAAUUGCACCCUUUUUUAAACAAAACAAACUAAGCAAUAGUUUGGGCAGUUUUAGUUGUUUUUAGUGAGCAUGUUGUCACGACUGCAAAGAGAGAGGAUAAACUGCCCACUCAGAAGAUAUGUAAUUUGUAUUGUUGUAUAGUUUUAUUGAUUACACUGAUUUAUUCUACCCUAUUUUAUAAUGCAGGACUUUUGUAAUGUUGUUUAAAUGAGGAAAAAUUUCUGUCAAAUUAGCCUAGUGAAGUUUCUGAUUGUUCAUCAUAAAGGCAGCGUUCCUAGACUUGCUUUUCUCCCCCUCCCCCUACCCCCGCCCCUCUUUGGGAACUGGAUUUAAGUUUAAAACUUUCCUGUUUCCUUUUUUUUUUUUUGUAAGUAUUUAAAUACAGUUAUUUUUUUUUCCUCUCAAUGGUAUAGCAUAUUCCUAUGCUUGAGAAGUAUAGGUCUACUGAAAAACCAUUGUAAAUGGACGUUACAGGUAUGCUGUAUUUUUGAAGGUAUUUUGUUGUAUUAAGUUUGAUGAAGCUAAAAUUAGGGAACUCAGAACAGAUUUGCAGGAAAAAGAAAUGUUUUAAAGGCUUUAAAACAUUAGGGAGGCAGAGUAGGGUGUUACGAACAGGGGUUAAGUAUUCAAUACACUAAGUUACCUUUUUUUAUUCAUGUUUCAUUGUCCAGAAAGCAGCAGGAAAUGUAGUUCAGUUGUUGAUCAAGCAGGAAAAAAAAGAAACACCAACAGUAUGAGUGUUUUGCUUUUUAGAUUAAAAGCCUAGCAGAGAUGUUUAAGGAAGACUUUGCUACCUGGGGUGUGUAGACAGACAGACUGAGAGCUAUCGGCAUUUGAAGGCCCAGACCUCGAUUCUGAAACACAUUGGAAUUUUUUUCUCUUCCGUCAAAUGGCAUUAACAAGAUAGGUAAAGAUAAGCCCCUCACAUAACUCAGUCUGGUUUUUCUUUGGAAACUGAAGUCAGAGGCACGAACACUGAAUCUCACCAUUUUUCUAUCUACUUUUCUUUCUGGCCCUUCCCCCUGCCACCGAAGCCCCCCAUUUCUGACCAUUGGCGGGCAGAGGCCCUCUCCCAGAGGCCACUCCCGGCAUCCCAGCAAGCCUUUUCCUGUCCUCUGAGGUUUCUGUUUCUUCACACCGUGGCGUGACAUUGGCAGUCCUCCCACCCCCGCUCUGCCAUCAGGUGUGUGCUCUGAGCAGGGCAACAAGUCACACUUCCCCAAACUUGUGUUCUUCAUUUUCUGACAAAAGUGUGAAGGACUUCCCAGAGCCACAGUGGUUAGUCAGCCCAGGGGCACAUGCAAAACCCAUCUCAAAAAGGUUGUCUUUCACUUUUUCAAGUCUCUAGUCCCCAUAUACUUUAAAUUCUAUAGUUAUUAUAGUUACUGUAAACAGUGUCAUUAACUAUUUACAAAACCUGGAUUAAGAAAAAUGGUUUAUUCCCUGUGAUUUAUUUGGGGGGGGGAGGGUUUCUGAGAAUGUCGUGUAAUGUACUUAGCAUCCCAUCUCUGGAAAUAUCUUUGUCCGUAGUGGUGGUGGCUUCUCUCUGUUCUCUUUCUCUCUUUUGCUGUUCUUUGCUCUUUCUCUCUUUCAUUCUUUUUCCUUCUUUCUCUCUUUUUUCCUUUAGUAGCAGGCCUCCAUAGAACAAAUCUGUCACAACCGGCAUGGUAAUGUAAGGAGAGCUUCAGUGGCGCCUCACAACCCACCCUCAGAGACUGUCCUCAGACAGCCUCAGAAAGCUGCACUGCCCACCGGCACAGCUUUCGUUGAAAUAGGCUUCCAAGGCCAAGCCUGUCUUGGAGCCGAUGCAUGUUACUUACUGUUUGACAGUGAACCCGCUCUGCCUUCUCCACGUCCAAGGCUGUGCAUUUGUCUAAUUAGUGUCAUGUAUGUUUUCCUUUUAUUUUUUCCAAUAAAAAAAGCAGUGGGAUGAAAAUUGCUUUGAUAUAUAGCAGGUAACAUUGAAGCUAUUCCAUAGCACUUAACUGUAGUGAAUACUGUGUCACCAAUUUUGAAAUCAAUUUAAUGUUUAAUGCAAAUCCAUUACAUGGUGCUAUUACAGGCUGACAAAAUGAUUUACACAAAUGUGACAACUUGGGCUCAAUUCACUCUGCUUCCCAACAGUGUAAAUGCAUAGCAGUGUUUUAUCUGCAUGAGAACUAUGCACUAAUCUAUCUGAAGAAAAAAACUGUAUCAACUUUGGUAUCUACUUUCCGUUUACUUCAACCCUUGCCUUUUUGGUCAUUGUUAUGAUGCCAGCUUUAGGACAGAAAGAAUUAUAAGAAAACCAGCAUAAUACCUGAUAUAUUAAAAUGUAGUGCCUGUGAAAUCUGUAUUAUACUGCUCUUCGGAAGUAAGAUUUUUCUACACCGGUAGCCUUCGCUGUCUGCCAGGCCCUUCUGGUAUAGGUGAUGUAAAAUAACCGUACAAUAUUACUGCAUGCCGCUCCAUGAUACCUAGUGAACUGUGUGAAUAGUACUCAGAGUUAUGUUAGUCUUUUUUUCUGACUUGGUUCUUGUCAGCUAGGUUUAAAGGUAUUUCACUGAGAACGCAAAUUCUGUCUUUUCUUGAUUUCAGCUGUUUUCAGUAUUUUGGAGGUAUACAUUGACUUAAAUUCAGUAUUACUUGUGUUUUGUUUUCGUUUUUUGUUUUUUCGUUUUCUUUUUCCUAGGGGACAAGCAUGGGUGUUUGAUUUCAGAAAUCAGUACCUGGUGAGAUUUUUGUCUCAAAACUACCCUUUGAAUGUCAAGAACUCUGUUACGAAGACACUCUGAGAACAUUUCCAUGUGAGGGAUCUUUCCCUUGACCCUCGACUGAAGCCGUGCUGAAACUGGACUGUUUCUUAAUGGACAAGGUUCAGCCAGGUACCCAUGCUUGGUCCGUCUUCACACCAGACCUCCUCAUAUUAAAAGAAAAAGGAAAAAAAAAAAAAAAAGAAACCACGUGGCUAUUUAGUUUCAUGCACAGUUGCAAUAUUUUCUUCAGAAAUAAAACUCUGUACAAAUUUUGGGCCCGAUUCAUAAGAAAAAAGGUAGCUAUUAACACGGGAUUUUUUAAUAUACUCCUUUUGGCCUCAAUGCUAAACUACUUUCUUCCCAAAUUAAAUAAAUUUCAUCUCAUUUUUCCCCAUAAGCCAGCACCCAUCUGCCCUUUAUUCCCCCAGAGGGUCACAUUAUCUCGAGGAGGAGGAUGGAGUGUGAGCAGCAGGUGCUGGAGGUGCUCAGAAAGGGGAGGGGGCCCACCCACAGCGGGCGGGAGAGCAGGGAGGCAGGUGGGGGUGGCCCCCCAGCUGUGUGCCAGGCACCCCACAUUUCACACACGGAUUCAUCAGGCUAUUUGAUUCAAAAAACAAAACUUCCAAAAUGUGUCUGAACCACCAGAGUGUUCAGUGGAAGUGCUACCUCUAACCUGACCAGAGCUCCUGCCCGGUGGAGAGCGCCCGCCAUGCCAGACAAUGGGAACUUCCUGGAUCUGCAGUGGUUUCAAGGACGAGGAACGGCCAAAAUAUUGGGCCAUUUUUCCUGCUGUUUUAUACUCAACUUCUUAAAAUUACAAAAGUUUUCUUUUUCCUUUAUUCUUAUUUUUUUAAUUUCUGUUUAUCUUUUUAUUAUUAAUUUUUUUUUUUAUUUUUGGUAAUCGUCUGUAAAUUAGCCUUUUGGGGUUUGGGUUUUUUUUUUUAAUUUUGUUUUUUUAACACUUCAGCGUAAGGUCAUAGGCCUCUAGGUCUGCUGGGAUGGGGAUGUGAGGGAGCUGCCAGCUCCGUCCCCUCCCCCUGGUCUCAGACUGUCAUCUCUGUGCUGCAAAGGCGUUUGGUCGCCUCACCACUGAGAUACCGACUAAACCCACAGUAGGGGCUUUACUAGGUUCUAGAACAGUGGUUCUCAACCUUCCUGAUGCCACAAUGGAUUUUCAUUGUUAAAAAGGGGUCGCAACCCACAGGUUGAGAACCGCUGUUGUAGAAGGUCCUUUAGAAAGACUCCCAAAGGUAAACACAUGGUCCCCCACCCAGCCCUCAGCCCUGACCUCUCACCAGAAUAAAGUUCCGGGGGACUUUUCCCACCACACGUGAAAAUCUGUCCACUCUAAAUACUUCCAUUUUUCAUUUCAAAUGGUGGGGGCAGGGGACUGAACACUUCCAGUCAUGGUAAGAGAUCUGUUGUGAAACUCGACAGCCCCGUGUUAAUAGCGUGAUCUGAAGUUUGUUUUUAUGAGCCGGGCCCCCGUGCCUCUAGUAUACUUGUACUGACUCUCAUAGUUACUCUUUUAGUUUUACUGUGUUCUGUGAAAAUUUGUAAUUGGUUGAGAAUCACUGUGGGCGUCCAUUCUUAUUCAACUAAAUCUCCACAGGUUUUUUGAGCUGGUGUGGAUUAGUUUAACUCUUGUAUUCAACCAUUAGCGCUACCACCUUCUCACAUUACAAUACAAUUACUGGAAGCAAGUACUGCAUUUCCUAUGCAACAGAAAAGGAAAAAUAAAAAAAUUGCUAAUGCUA